AUAACACCUUGGGGCUUGCUCCUCGAAUCCAUAUCAUGCCAGUCGAGAAGGAAGAUCAAAUGCCGCAUGCGCGCCGCGUUGGCACUACGAGAUGAGAGGUGCUGAGCUUUGCUUUGCUGUAUUCCUGCUCUGCAUGGCAACAGUUGCUCAGCAUGCUAGCCAGCCCGAGCUCGCGGUUCAACAUCCUGCUCAACACAAACACACACUGGGAACUGCCCAGGGGGGUGAAUUAGCCUCUCCGUCCAACUUCCGCGGUUUUCAGCUAUGGAACGAAAAUAACAAACUACACGUCAAAACGCUCUCGAAGCUCAGCCCCGCAUGCAGGGCAUCUAUGACACAGAGGAUUCACUGUCACGCGAAGACACGAUCCUUGCAACGGCAGUGGGCGCGUUGGAGGAAGGGUUCGGGUCUGGAAAAUAACACGCUUAGCGAUCUGGUCUGUGACAGCGGUUGUGGGGAGUCCCUCGCCGCGUGGGUCCGGAGCGUUGAGCGCGAUUGCGCCACGCUAGAGGAGAGAAUGCUUUUCCUAACCCUGCGGGGUGGACAGCUGUGGGCGGGUUGGAACGAGACGUGUCUGAGGGAUGCCGGGACAGGGAGAUACUGUGGUGAUGUUAUCAAUAACUUUACCACUCCCUUCCUCGAUGAAUUGCCGGUCGAAGAACUCUGUUCCUUCUGCAAUGUGCAAUGGCAUCGAGUCAUGCAAACAUCUCCCUACUCCCUCUACGACAGAAAUUACAAGUCGUACCUUGAACAUAUCAACCGUGCCUGUGAUCUCAACCUUCCCACAGCCAUCCCGAAGCUCGUGCUCUCCGAGGAUCCACAUAUAGAGCGUGACCCGUACUGCGCGACCCUGCUUUCAUAUACUACUUCACCAGGGGACACAUGCGACAGCAUUGCGGCGCAGUUCCAGGUUUCCUCGGCGGCUGUUCGAGCGGCGAGUUGGCCGCUCAUCGACUGUUUCGCUAUUCCCGAGGGUACGAGGUUGUGCACUCCGUUCAGGUGUAGAACCUAUACCCUUAGGUAUGGGGAUACGUGCGACUCAAUUGAGCGUGAGUUCAAUCUCGAACCCUCCUGGUUUGGAGUCUCGGCAAUUCGCGCGUUUAAUCCCUGGGUGAAUGAGGAUUGUUCCAAUCUGCAUGAGGCAAGUGAUGCUCUUUUCGGGCAUGUUAUCUGUGUUGGCCCAACGGGUCAGUCAGUCCUGGACGCGUGAAGCUUUGUGCUGGGGUGACUCCCCUCCGUGCGCUACUCGGGAUAUUUUCUAGUUGUUCAUAAUAGAGUGUGUACUAGAUGCAGCGAGAAUGCUCUGUGAAAUAUAGCUGGAAC